CAAUCCAAGAAUGAACAAAUGCAAGAAGCAUUGUGUUGACCAGACUCCGAAACUUGAAAAGUUCGCCCCUGAUGUUGUUGCUGAGAUCGAGAAGCUCUUUGCCAAGAAGUUUUCUUACACUAAGCCUUUGAAUAAUGAGUGGAAGCUGCCGGAUCCCAGUGUUGCUUUUACCUGUGAUCAUGAGGAGUUCAACUUGCUCCUUGCUCUGAAGGACUCCAUGAAUGAAGUCAAGAAUCAGCUGAGUGACAAGAACCUGGUUGAGUGGCAUCAGCACACCUCACUUACCAACAGAGCAGGAAAAAUAAUUCCACAUGUGAAGAAGUGGGUGAAUGCUGAGCUGUGUACCCAGGCUUGGUGCAAGUUUCACGAGAUACUGUGCAGCUUCCCUCUUCUCCCUGCAGAAGCUCUUCAGGAUGGAGAACUCAACUCUGUCCACCUCUGCGAAGCACCCGGUGCUUUUAUAGCCAGCCUCAAUCACUACCUGAAAUCCCACCGCGUCCCUUGCGACUGGAAUUGGGCAGCUAACACUCUCAACCCGUAUCAUGAGGCAAAUGACACCCUCGUCAUGAUUAUGGAUGACCGUCUCAUUGCGAAUACCUUGCCUUGGUGGUACUUUGGCCCAGAUAACACUGGUGACUUGAUGACAUUGAAAUAUCUAACAGGGCUUCAGCACUUCAUCAAUAAUAUGGCCGCAGUUCACUUGGUAACGGCUGAUGGCAGUUUUGAUUGCCAGGGAAAUCCAGGUGAACAGGAAGCUCUUGUCUCACCUCUGCUCUACUGUGAAACAGUCACCGCUUUAAUGAUCCUGAGCGCUGGAGGAUCCUUUGUUCUGAAGAUGUUCACGUUGUUUGAACACUGCUCUGCCAAUCUGCUCUUUCUCCUAAACUGCUGCUUCGAGCAGGUCCACGUCUUUAAGCCGGCCACUAGCAAAGCUGGAAACUCAGAGGCCUAUGUGGUUUGUCUUCGCUAUUUGGGCAGAGAGAGCGUUCACCUGCUGCUUUCUAAGAUGAUGCAGAACUUUGGUGCGGAAAUGGUCAACAAAGCACUCUUCCCCCAGCAUAUGAUACCAGCAUCUUUUCUUAAAGUGCAUGAAGAAUGUUGUGUGUUCUUCCACAAGUGCCAAGUAGAGACCAUCUCUGAGAACAUCCGGCUCUUCAAGUGUAUGGAAGAAGCAGAGCAGACAAAACUGAACAGUUUAAGAGAUUGUGCAGUAGAGCUCUUUAUGCAAAGAUAUUGCAUGAAACCUAUUGCCAGAAGUAACUGGCUGGUGAAGAAAUGUCAGGCUGGUUGCAGCAUGAAUGCAAAAUGGUUUGGGCAAAAGAGCAAAUACUUUAGUACGUACAAUGAGAGGAAGAUGCUGGAAACCCUUACGUGGAAUGAUAAAAUGGCAAAGGGCUAUUUUAAUAACUGGGCCGAAGAGCACAGCUUUAAUAAUGCCGGUAAAACAUGUGUUUUGGAAGGGUUGUCUUCUAGCCUUGAAUGUAGCUUGUGGUACAUUUUGGAAGGAAAGAGACUGCCAAUGGUAAAAUGUUCUCCAUUUUGUGAUGGCCAAGUCUUAAAAAAUCUUAACGAAGCGCUGGAAGAAUGGGCAGGGGCCAGGCUGAGCAGCAGACAAACGCUGCGGCCUUGUCCCUCGUGCGAGGUGCUUUCUGGGGACCUCCUCCUGGCUGAACUGGCCAGCCUUGCUGCGUGUCACCAGGAGGUCCUCAACGCAAGCUGCAGCGACCGGUCCACGUGCCUUGUGGUGGACUGUCCAUCCCUUUGCAGUGCCACAAGCCAACCCGCUAUGGAGAUGAAGCUCCUGGAGUCGCCCCUGCUGCUGACGUUCGGCUUCUCUCCGGUUUAUGAUGGAGAACCGAAAUACCAGCAGCAGCUUUUGGAGUGUGUUCUGCGCUCCCUGAGCCAGCUGAAGGCGGGGGAUGCGCUGGUUCUGCCUAUUCUCUCAUGUUUUACGCGCUUCACAGCUGGCCUCGUCUUCGUCCUGCACUGCUGUUUCAGGUGCCUCGCGUUUGCCUGUCCCACCUCCCACGAGCCGCUGAGGACCUGUGCUGUUCUGCUGUGCCUCGGCUACCAGGGCCUCCCAGCUGCAGCUGCUGAGUAUCUGCACCACCUGAACCAGCUCAUGUGCUCUCUGCUGGACUCGGACUCUCCCCAGCAGGUUUUGCAGUUUGUGCCCAUGGAGGCCCUGCUCCAGGGCAAACUCUUGGAGUUCUUAUGGGAUUUGAACACGGUCAUUGCCAAGAGACAGCUCCACUUGAUUGUGCAAGCUGAGCAGCAGCAGAUGACUAGCAGUGUUUCCUUCUAA